GAGAAAUCAGGUUCAAAAGAAUGAGGAACUUCUGGAGAGAUAACAAAAAGGGAACAUGUGAUCAUAAAUACUCAAACUGGCAGACUCAUAGCAGCUCUACCCUUCAACCUGAGAGCACACACCACCCGUCAGGUAUCGAUGGAUCUGACUCAGUCCUGGAAUCAACCUGCUCAUCAACAUGCUUUAUACGGUCUGUCUGGGACACUGACCCAAAGCUGCUCGGAGAAUAUUUUGAAGUUUAUCUGCGAGUUCAGCCCUGGGCCUGGUCCACCACAGGCAUCUGCUGAUGAGGAUAAAAAUUACAAUAUGGAUUCUCAGUCAGUGUCAGUCAUCCUCUCUUCACAGAGCAGCGUCUACCAACUGCGCCUGGGCAUCUGUAUGCUGGCCCAGGAUAGGAACUGCCAUCCAGACCCACUUGCAAUACUGGAUCACAAAAAAUACUCUCUGCUCUACGCCAAAGGGGAAGACUGGUACGAGGCCUAUGAUGACAGCGAAGUCCUCAAGACAUUAGACAUUCCAUUGUCACAUGAUGCCACUGGGCAGCUCUCUGCACACAUAGUAGUAAAGUCGCUCAUGGCAGUUGAUUUAGCAGUAAAGAUCAAACAGCAGCAGUGCCUGGCUUACCUAAUUGGUCACAAUCUUGAAAAAGAAGCUUCAGACAGACUUGGUGAGCUCACAUUCUCUCGCAGAAAACUAGCAACUCCAAGAGCACAAGAGCUAAGAAAACGAGAUGACAUGUUAUAUGCCACAGAGCCUUGGAUAUCACAUGCCCCAUUUCCAAAUGACUUACAAGACGACCGUAACAAUAAGUUCCCUGUCAUAUUCCAUUACCUGAACAAAUUAAGCUUUAGCAUACAAGCUGAUUUAGAUGCAACUCCAAAUGUUCUUUUUGAGGUUUUUGACCGAGUAAUGUCUGACCAGGGGCUUGAUUAUGACCCUUCUGAUAAGCUGGUUUUGAAGAUCUCUGGCAGGGAGGAGUUUCUGUCGGGAGACUACCCCCUCAGUGAUUUCCUGUGGGUAAGACAGUGUUUGAAAAACAAGCAAAACCUCCACCUCUUUGUGUUGCCUGUGUCACAACUCAUCGAUGAGACAGUGAAGUUUGUGGACUGGCCGCUCAUUGAUGAUUCCAGUGGUCUGUUCGGCUCUCAAGAGGAACUCUGCGUUCAGGGGAAGGAUUUAGAAGACAUCUGCAAGAUAUCGCUAUGGGACUGCAACAGGAAACUCAGAGUCAAACUGAUUGGCUUGGAUAUCCCAACACUUCCGAACAAAUGUCCACAGUUUGUUCACGUAACAGCCUCCCUACUAUAUGGCAACAAGGUUCUUUCCUCAGUGUCUUCCCUUCCCAAAACCUUUGCCGAUGAAGUACUGUGGAAUGAGUGGUUGGACUUCGAUGUUGUCCUCAGUGACCUGCCUCGUGGGGCUAAGCUUGGUUUCACCAUUAAUUCAAGUAGUGGAGACUCCAUCAAAGGCUCAAAGUCGACAUUGCCUUCAGCCAAUAAAGCACCAAACCAACAGAGAGGGAAGGGGAAGGUGCUUUACUUCGUAAAUCUUCUUCUCAUAGAUCACAGGUCCAUUCUCAGCCAGGGCCCUUACACACUCCACAUGUGGUCAAACCUUGAUACAGAGGAAGAGGCCACCUACCAAGCAGACAAGCUCUCCUCUGCUACUAACCCAGAGAAAGCUGACUCUAUGGCUAUCAGCUUCUAUUUGGACAACUACAGCAUCCCUGUUGUUCUCCCAAAUAGAUUUGGCCCCGCUGAAAUUUCCACCCCUUGCAUUAACUCAAUCAAGUUAAUUGCUUUGCCUACUGAAAACCCUCAUCCAUCCUCUUCAUCCCUUUCCAUCUCACCCAGCGCAGAUUCUUCCCCUCUGCAUGACGGUCCAUUGACCGACAUCGGCCUAAAAAGAUCCCAGGAGGAGAGCUUCCAUAGUGCAGCCAUAACUCACUACCUGCGCACUGUUGAUUGGUUGAAUUGCAGAGACGUUGACAAUGCCCACAGGCUCUUGGAAAACGUGGACCCUGAGGAACUGGAUGUGACAGUGGCCCUGGAGCUAUUAAGUAUGGAAUUUGCUGAUGUGACAGCCAGAAGACUUGCAGUCAAGAGAUUGGAGAAUCUAUCCAAUGAUGAUGUACUGAAGUAUUUGCUGCAGCUGGUUCAGACCCUCAAAGUUGAACCUUAUCAUGACAGCUCCCUGGCUCGAUACCUCAUCCAAAGAGCUCUACGGAGCAAGAGAAUCGGCCACUUCUUCUUUUGGUAUGUCCGCAGUGAAGUGGCAGGAUGCCCGUACUUCCGCCAGCGCAUGGCAUUGAUUCUUGAGGCCUACCUUUUGGGCUGUGGUCAGGCAAUGAUUGACAGUUUUACCAAACAAGUCCAAGCUGUGACUUCCCUACAGGAGGUUGCCGAACUGAUUAAGAACAUCUUUCCUGCUGACCUUCCUUCUACAGCUCCACUCAAGGUCCAAGAGCUUCUAAGAAACUGUAAUUUGCCAGAUGAGUUCCUGUUGCCCUUUGACCCCCGCAUAAAAGCUGGGAAGAUAUUGCUUGAGAAAUGCAAAGUGAUGGCCUCUAAGAAGAAGCCACUAUGGUUGGAGUUCUGUCCCAUGCCAUCUCCUACUCCUACUCAACCUGUGGGAAUAAUUUUCAAACAAGGGGAUGACCUCCGACAGGACAUGCUAAUCAUCCAGACACUGGCAGUGAUGGACUCUAUCUGGCAGGAGAAGUCUCUGGACCUCAGCCUUAUUCCCUAUGGCUGCAUUGCAACAGGACACAACAUAGGCAUGAUUGAGAUUGUGAGGAAUGCAGUGACAAUUGCUUCAGUUCAAAGGAGCCAUGGAGGAACAAUUGGAGCCUUCAGAAAUGAUGCUCUGUUUGAGUGGCUCAAGUCCAAAUGUCCAUUUCAGGAAAUGCACUACAAGACUGUGGAGAGGUUUGCAAAAUCCUGUGCCGGUUACUGUGUGGCAACUUAUGUUUUAGGCAUAGGCGAUCGACACAAUGACAACAUCAUGAUCACAGAUCAAGGAAAUCUGUUUCACAUUGACUUUGGUCACAUCCUUGGCAACACAAAACACUUCCUUGGUGUGAACAGGGAGCGUGUGCCAUUCGUCCUCACACCUGACUUUCUCUAUGUUAUGGGUAGAGUCAAAGGCAGCAACAGUCUCUACUUUCAGCAGUUCAAGGACACAUGCAUCCAAGCUUACAUCUCCCUGCGCUCUCACUCUCGUCUGCUGGUCACUCUCUUCUCCCUCAUGCUGCUGACUGGCAUCCCAGAGCUGAGUGCUGCAGAAGACAUGCGCUACUUACGCGAGGCACUUCAGGAGAAACAGAGUGAGGUGGAUGCUAAGGAGCAUUUCCUGCAGCAAAUAUCUGUGUGUGAACUGUCGGGCUGGAAAGUGCAGGCCAACUGGUGGGUUCACAUGGUGGCAGGAAUCAAGUAGACGGUUGGUUUGAAAUGUAAAAUAAUACAGCUAGAGGUAGGAAAUGUUCACUACUGUGUAGCAGGCAUUUUUUUUUUAUGUUCAUUCUCUCUCUCUUUAAAACUCAUGAAUUCCUUUUUAUAUGACCAGAGCCACUGGUCUUUCACCAGUUUUUAACAGUUAAAACUAUAACAUCUUCCUCCUCUCUGUUCACACUAACAGCAUCUCUUGUAAAACUGGAGGAAAUACUUUUAAAGUAGUCGACAGGACCCUGAUGGGUCACAGUAACCAGAAAAAGCCACUCAGCUCACAAUGAAAGUCAUUCAUAAAUCACUCCAAGUUACAGCCAGUACAAGCCCAUCUGGCCUGAUAAAAAAACAUGCUACAAAUACUUUAAUUUCCUAUGCAAUAACCAUCUGGAUAUACAGUAUAUAGACGCUAUUCUAAAAUGGACACCGCACAACUUCUGUUUUUAUCUGCUGAUGCUUUCAACCGUCCCCAUUUUAAUGUGUUUACUUUGUAUUUUGAAUGUGUGCCUUCACUUUGUGUUUUGAAUGUAUAUUAAAUGUAAGCUAUGUUUAUUGUUUGAGCCUUGUCAAAGAAACUACCGCUCACCACUGAUAAAAAAAAAAAAAUUAGUCUAUCCAUCUGAUUUUUGUAUGGCCUAGAAACUAUUAUCAAAUCUGCAGCACGUUUUUCCUGCACACCAGUGCUGGACAGAGGUGUCAUGCGUG